CGACGCUCAUUGUAUGUGUCGUACUGUGACACAGCUGAUUUUGUUUAUAAAGGUCUGUGUGUAUGGGAAGGCCUUAUCUAUCGUACCACUUUCUACAAACACUGCACGGCUGUGUUAAUUGCGUAAUUGACUGAUAUUACCCCUUGGAUAUACAUCUACUAGUUCUGAUUUCACAUCGCCUCCCACACUGACGCUGUCACCACCAUCGACACCUGUUAGUAAAAUGCCGCCGAAAAAGACAACACCUGCCGCCAAAGCCAGCGGUAAACCAGCGGUUAAGAAGACGGGAAAGGCACCUGGAAGUAAACCACUCACUGCUGUCAAAGAUACAGCACCCAAAACAGCAGAACCCGUUAAAGUUGGUGUUACUAUUGAACUAAAACAAUUGGCUGAUAUACUGAAAGACAAAGACGGCACCAUCAAGAAUACAGGCAGAUGGCCAUUGGUUAUCGAUCCUUCCGGACGUGCAGGCACGUUCUUACGUUACCAAUACACCAAUUACCUGCAGGCUCUUAGCCCCGGUGACAUGCAACCAGAAACACUAAGGAAGGCUUUGAUUGGUUCAAUAAGAUACGGAAAAGAAUUCACGAUCGACAUGAUUGAAUCCGAUAUGUACGGCAAUAUAAAGACGCAGAUGGACGAGAUUCAGAAAGGACUUCUUGAUUCCCUCGUGUCAAAAGACCUAUUAAAAGAUGAAAAAUAUUUGUCAAUAGUGAAGGAGUCAGACGGUGAGGAAUAUGGUCAAUAUCAGUUCAAUGACAUGCUUAUAGAUGGGUUUGUUUUUACACUGGUUACUCAGAUGCCUUCGCCCGGAGAAGAACUUCUGAACAAGUUCUAUACUGUUACAGUUUUGGAAAAUUAAAAUCGCAUUGCAGGUGAUUUCCUUACCGGGGUGCUAAACGCUAUCAUUUCUUAGUAAUAAGAGUUCUUGGGGUUGGACGCAAUAAACAAAACAAAAAAUUGUAAUCAUAUUUUCUUUUCUUUUCCGGAUUCUUUUCAAAAUAUUCGAUUAACUACCUGUAUAUGUUUUCCAAAUUUUCAGACAUUCCCUGGCCGAAUUUGUCUAAUAUCUAUACCUUUUUAGUUUUGGACGGGACAAUUCAUACUGACAUGUGGUGCAAUAUUUCUGUUAUCGGAUUUCCCGGAACCGCCACGCCUACUGAAACGAAUGACUAGCGUAUAUUAUAAUUUAUGCGUACAGUGUUUGCAAAUAAAGACUUUUAUGAAACUU